AAUCGGGCACACUUUUUGUCGAACGAAUUAAACUCAAACCGAACCAUUCGUAUUUCUUUUACAUCGCUUCGCUGCCCGUGGUAUCCUUUGUGAUAGCCUGUCCCCAGGUCAUUCCGACCUGGUCAUAUAUUCAUUGGACAGACAUUGUCCGUAGCUCUUCCCGAUCCCAAUUCCCAAUGGAAUUGCACUAGUAACUGUCGAGGAGAAGUAUCGAAAGUCGCGUGUUAUAUAGUAUCCAAAUCCGAAUUCCAAAUCGGGGAAGUCAUGGCGGAGUUCGACAAGUUUAGGUAUUACCUCGAGAAGCAUUAUGCCCUACCGCUGGACGUCAAAAACGAUAUUGUUUAUUGUCAACGGGCGAUGCGCGAUUUCCUAAAAGUUCAUGGGUUGGUGUCCGAUGUCUUCAAGGAGCAGCACGAUGCGGAUCCCGUGCAGAUGCGCCGAAUUCUGGAAGAACUGGAGGACGAAUUGUGCGAAAUUAACGCCGAGCAGCAGUACCUGCUGUUGCGUUUGAACGAUGACCUGGAUAUGUUCUUGCGGAAGCUGCAGGACAAGAAUAUAGCCAGCAUUCCAGAUCUGGUCAACGAAUACGUUUCCAGCCAGAUAGUGCCUUUGAUCUCUGAUAUUACAUACCAAAUAAGACCGCAUUCGGUGGUUAGUCGGGACAACGAGGAGAUGCUCAUCCGGAAGCACUUCCUGCUGAGUCAGGACGAGGAGGCGGGCGUCCCGCCGCUGAAGCUGAGUGACCUCGACGAGAGCAUCCCCCUCGUGCUGGCCCCGCCUGUCGUGGGCUUGGGGCAGCAGAUAGCUGCCGUCCAGCCGAUAAUUAAUUGGCCGCAAAUGGACACGCACGCGAUACCGCUGCCGGAACCGACAUCGCACGAUUCUCAGGAAUUCUCGGAUAUCCCGAGGUCCUUACUGAUCAAUAGGAUCGAAGUGGAAGCCAUACCCAUUAAGAGAAAGAAAAUUACUUGUACCUCACCGCCGCCAUUGGCGCCGAUCACUAAGACAGCCGUAGUAGUGGCUACUGUUCCGGCCGCUCAAAAGAGUCCCCCUGAGGAUUUCGAGGUGGUAGCCCAGAGCCGUAAGAACCUUCAGCAGGCCCUGAAGCGAGCCAGGAAGACCAAGCAACAGCCCCGGCUGUGUGAAGAGGACCUGGAGCUGAGCAUGGAGGGUGCCAAGAGGGCCAGAAAGACUCCACCUCUGGAAAAUCAGAAUCAAACUCAUAAUGCCAAUACAUACGGCAAAAAAUCGCAAGUGCCAUCGAAUCAAGUGCCAUCACAGGGUUCAUCGCAGAAGAACUCGUACAAAACUCGUAAUACACGCCGCAAAUCCUCACCACCGCCGCCACCUAAUGCUCAAUCGCAAACGGGUGGCUCGCCUUCGGGCGGCAGCUCCGAUGAUUCCAGUGCCGAGCUGCAGCAGGAGCAGCAGCGUCUGUUCGCCUCGGCGGCCCAGUGGCGUGACGAGCCGCGCGAAACUCGCGUCAUGCCAACGGAGUACGGCCAGGAGCCGUUCCUCCGACUGUUCGGCCUCUACACGCCGGAGGUGCUCAAGAAACUCAAUCAGCGUCACUCGAAACGCAAGCGUCGCACUGUCCAGAAUGCCAGCGGUGUGGACUUCCACUACGGCCAGCAGCUGAGCGCAAUGGACAAUCUCGUCCUGGGCAUACGUGGCCAUAAGAAGGUGAAGGAGAAACCGGAAUUCCUUCUCUCACCGAAGGAGAAACGCUUGCAGGCGGUCACUAAGCGGGCUUACAAUCGCAAGAGCAAGACACCCGAUAAGAUAACCAUUACAGUUACCACAAUUCCACCUGGAUCGGGAAGUGGCGGUGCUUUCGCGCCCUGCCAGCAUGGCGAGAGCAGCAGCUUCCAAUGCCGCAAGUGUCGCAGUUGCAAGGUUUGCAAACGCAAAGUAGAGAAAGAUUCGGUGGCCUGUAAAUUUUGUGGUGGCUUCUAUCACUUGGAUUGCCACGAGUUCACCAAAAAUCGUCAUCACGUCCACUGGCAGCACUCUCGCUGCCCGUCGUGUUUGCGAGAUCAGAUCGAAAAGUCCCGGGACAAGGACACCAAAUGAGGAA